AGGAGGCUUAAUAUUGCACAGACCAAGCACAGGGCUCCACACUCUCCUACUACAGUGGUCCAGAGCCUGACCACCCAUUACCAGUCCGCAGGGAGCGUUUCACUGGGAAAGCAUCACCAUGCCUAAAGUCUUAGUGCCAGCAGAGGGAGAAAAGCCGCAGAAGACGGAUGACAACAUGAGGGCCUUCGCGGAGAAGGUCUUUGCGUCUGAGACCAAAGACGAGAACAUCCGCGAUGAAAUCUCCAUGUUUGAUGUGGCUGAGGACUGUCCCAUCAUCCACCAUGAGAUGGCCCAUCAUCUGCACACUGAUGAUGAUGCUGAGAAACGCAAGAGGCACCAGCGCUGCCGCACCUCAGCCAAGGCAGCGACCGUUCCCCAGGCGACUGCUGCCCCUGUAGUGUCAGUGGAGGUGGACAUGCCCACCUACCUGGAGGUGCCCGACUUCCAGAGAGUGGCCAUCAUCGGAGACUAUGCUGCAGGGGUGACCAUGGAUGACUUUGAGCUGUCCUGUAAGGGUCUGUACCGAGCCUUGACCAUCAGGGAGAAGUACAUGAGACUGGCCUAUCAGCGCUUCCCCAGAACGGCGUCCCAGUAUCUGCGUGACGUGGAGGGAGAGACCUUCAAACCUGAAGAUCAGCUGCAGCCUGUCUUCACACCUCCUCCAAAAAAUGGGGAAGAUCCUUUUGACACCUCAAGCCUGCCAAAGAAUCUGGGCUACAUUGCCCGUAUGAAGGAUGGUCUCAUCUACGUGUACAACGACGCCGCAGCUGCCGACAAGCAUCAACCCAAAGACCUGCCCUGCCCCGACUACGUCACCUUCAUCGACGACAUGAACUUCCUCAUUGCUCUCAUCGCACAGGGCCCAACCAAGACUUACACUCACCGCCGUCUGAAGUUCCUCAUGUCCAAGUUCAACGUGCACGAGAUGUUGAAUGAGAUGGAGGAGAUGAAGGAGUUGAAGGUGAACCCUCACAGGGAUUUCUACAACUGCAGGAAGGUGGACACUCACAUCCACGCCGCUGCCUGCAUGAACCAGAAGCACCUGCUGCGCUUCAUCAAAAAGUCUUACCGCGUGGAUGCUGAUCGAGUCGUGCACAACCUGAAGGGGAAGGAAGUCACCAUGAAGGAGCUGUUCGAGUCGCUGAACCUGCAUCCCUACAACCUCACCGUGGACUCACUGGAUGUGCACGCUGGCAGACAAACCUUCCAGCGCUUCGAUAAGUUCAACGCCAAAUACAACCCCGUGGGAGCCAGUGAGCUCCGUGACCUGUACCUGAAGACAGAGAACCACAUCAACGGAGAGUACUUUGCCACCAUCAUCAAGGAAGUAGCCACUGACCUGGAAGAGGCCAAGUACCAGUACGCUGAGCCUCGUCUGUCCAUCUAUGGCUGCAACCCCAACGAGUGGACCAAGCUCUCCGGCUGGUUCGUCAAGCACAGAGUCUUCUCCCCACACCUCAAAUGGAUGAUUCAAGUACCCAGGAUCUAUGACAUCUUCAAAGGGAGAAACUUUGUGCCCCACUUUGGCAAGAUGUUGGAGAACAUUUUCCUUCCCGUCUUCCAGGCCACCAUCGACCCACAGUCCAACCCAGAGCUGAGCAUCUUCCUCAACCAUGUGACAGGUUUCGACAGUGUGGACGAUGAGUCCAAACACAGCGGCCACAUGUUCUCCACUAAGAGCCCCAAACCAGAGGAGUGGGACAUCGUCAAGAACCCCUCGUACACUUACUACAUCUACUACAUGUACGCCAACAUCGCUGUUCUCAACCAGCUCCGCAGACAGAGGGGGAUGAACACGUUCAUGUUCAGGCCUCACUGUGGCGAGGCCGGUGCCAUCACCCACCUGCUGGCUGCCUUCAUGACCGCUGACAACAUCUCCCACGGCCUCAACCUCAAGAAGAGCCCUGUGCUGCAGUACCUGUACUUCCUGGCCCAGAUCCCCAUCGCCAUGUCUCCUCUCAGCAACAACAGCCUGUUCCUGGAGUAUGCCAAGAACCCCCUGCUGGAGUUCCACAAGAAAGGCCUGGUGGUGUCCCUGUCCACCGACGACCCCAUGCAGUUCCACUACACCAAGGAGCCACUGAUGGAAGAAUACGCCAUCGCAGCUCAGGUCUUUAAGCUCAGUACCUGUGACAUGUGUGAGAUCUCCAGGAACAGCGUUCUUCAGAGCGCCAUGUCUAAUGAGGAGAAAAGCCACUUCCUGGGUCAGGAUUACCUGAAAGAGGGUCCAGAGGGCAACGACAUCCGAAAGACCAACGUGGCCCAGAUCCGUAUGGCGUACCGCUUUGAGACCCUCUGCUAUGAGCUGAACCUCAUCAAGGAAGGCCUGAAGACUGGAUAAACAGACGUGUCUUACACUUGGUCAGAAGUGAUGUAGAAAGUUUUCACCUUUUGUUUUCCACAGUAACUCUUAAACUAGGAACCUUCUGAUUCACUGAUGUCUCCUGUAAAAGAAGAAACGUGUUUUCGCUGUUUGUCAUCUGCACAUCUUGUCAAAAGCACAUGACAGUGUGUCUGUAGCACCUGGAGGAACGUCAUGUAUGAGAAUGAAAAGAAAUAAAGUGUGAAAUAUUAA